AUUAAUUAUAAGGAAAGAUGAUAAGAAGUGGGGAAAUGAAAAUAAUUCAAUAAUAAUUGUAUUUUUCAUUUAAGAGAGUGUAAUAAUAGAAAAGAGGGAAUGGUAUAAUUUGAUUGGAAAAAUAAGUUUAAUGAUAUGAUUUCAAUAAUAAUGUAGAGAAUGAGACAUUGUACUUUCGACAUCAAUAGUUUUGGAUUCAUAUGGUUAGAUUUGGAUUUUUGGAGGGUUUCUGUAAUAUUUUGAGACAGCAGGUAACUUUACUCUA